CUUUUACUUAAAAGGUAGAAAAUAUAUUAAGGCAUUCCAUAGCUGACUGUGGCCGAGAAAAGUUGUAUUCAAGUUUAAAACGAUCAAAACAAGUAUAAAUCAUCCAAAAUGUUCGAUUUCAAUUUACAAUUUGCUCGUGGUGGUGCCCAAUUCACCGUUGAACUAUUUGAAAAGCUGAAAGCUGCUACAACAAAGGAAAAUAUUAUUGUAUCCCCCUUUUCGGUGCAAACCUGUUUAGCUUUAGCCUUUGCCGGUGCUAAGGAUGAAACUGCCGAUGAAAUUGCUACCGCCUUGAAAUAUGUUUCAAAUUUCCCACCUGAAGUGGCGGAAACCUUCCAAUUUGUUUUGGAGAAAUACAAGGAUAGUGAAUUAUUGAAAAUUGCCAAUAAAAUCUAUGUUCAGGAAGGACAAGAAAUCAAGGAAGCCUACGCUGCUGCAACCAAGGAACAUUACCAUGCCGAAGCUGAUACCGUUAACUUUGCUGAAAAUGAAGCUGCCGCACAGAAAAUUAACACCUGGGUUGAAGAAAAAACCGCUGGAAAGAUUACCGAGCUGAUCACACCCGAUUGUUUUGAUGAUACCACACGUAUGGUCCUCUUGAAUGCAAUGCACUUCAAGGGUGAGUGGGAGAAGAAAUUCGAUGAAAGCCAAACCGAAGAAGAUGAUUUCUGGAUUGCCGAAGAAGAAUCUGUCAAGGUCAAGUAUAUGAAUCAAAAGGAAAAAUUCGGUUAUGGCUAUUUCGAGGAAUACAAUUGCACCGCUUUGGAAAUGCCCUAUAAGGACUCGGAUUUGAGUAUGUUUGUAAUGUUGCCCCAGGAACGUGAAGGUCUCAAGGAUUUGGCUCAGAAACUCAAAGAUGUAAAUUUGGUGGAUUUGGCUGAGAAAAUGAGCACCGAAGAAGUUGUGGUGAAAUUCCCUAAAUUUAAGGUUGACUAUUCCGUUGAAUUGUCAGAUGCAUUGAAAGAGAUGGGUAUUCAAAAGGCCUUCAGUGAUGUUGCCGAUUUCAGCAAUAUGUUAGAGAGUCCUGAGGGUUUGAGUGUUUCCAAGGUCUUCCACAAGGCCACCAUUGAAGUCAACGAAGAAGGCUCGGAGGCCGCUGCCGCCACCGGUAUGAUCAUGAUGACUCGUAUGAUGUUGAUGCCAUUGCAAUUUGUUGCCGAUCGUCCAUUCUUCUAUUGGAUUUGGAAUAAGAAAAAUAUUUUGUUUGCCGGUGCCUUUGUUAAUGCUCCAGCUGCGGAAUAAGUGACUGCAUAAACAAACGUGUGAAAUUGAGAGUCCAUGACAUUCGUAUUUGAAUAGUAUUAUAGAAAUUCGUAUUUAUUGUUUUAAUGUAUGCUUUUAAUGUAAAUAGUUAAUUGUUAGUUGUUAAUGAUUGCUUUUGUAUAAUGUAUUUUUUAGUAAUUUAUUAGCGAAAAUAAAAUAAAUUUUAUCAUUUAUAUAACAAAA